AUGGCAGAGAAGAACGACGACGCGCGCUCCGGAGGCUCGGUAGCCUCAACUUGCUCCGCACUUCAAUAUGACGAGAAUGAUUCCUUAAGUGCACGCAACGCCAUGAUGGUGAACAACAAGUGGCUUUCGGACAUAACGUUUAUCGUAGGCCCAGAGAAGCAACGGAUCUAUGCGCAUAAGCUACGUUUGGUGACAGCGUCCCAGUACUUCCACCUCCUUUUCUUUGGGAGCUUUGUCGAGGCACGGCUCGACGAGAUCGAGAUGGAGAAAGAAGAUCCGGAAAUAUUUCUAACAAUCUUGCGGCUGAUUUACGGAGCUCAGGUCGAUAUCGAUGUUGCUAACAUUCGUGAGAUUUACGAUCGCAUUCAAAUGUAUUUACUGCCACAGUCGUGCUUCAAGCCAUUGAUCGAUUGUUUGCUAAAUCUAGUAUCGAAGGAUACGGCAAUGCAGAUUUUGGGAGAAAAUGAUUUUUAUCAAUUUAAAAUGGUGGAUGAAAUGUGCCUACGAUACAUACAAAACAAUCCGCUUUAUUACUUUAAAAGUGUAGAUUUUACCGUUCUAAGUAAGGAAGGAAUGCUUAAAAUUGUCGGUCUGCAACGAAUCAAUUGCACCAAUGACCAGCUACGUGAUGCGGUUCAGAAAUGGCAGUUAGCUAAUCCCGAAGCGGACUCUGGGCAAUUGAUGUCCGUUAUGGAUGGUACACUACGCACAUACAUGUGUGACAAGAUGUUUUUGCUCGGUUGUGUUGCUACUGAAGGCAGUUCAACAGAAACGCAAGACGGAAGAUUUGAGUUAGAAAUACACGGAAAACCGGUAACAUUUUACGGGAUAGGUGUAUACCUUCCUCCGUUUCUCGGCAGUGUUUCUUUGAACUUAAAAACUUUUUGCAAUGGAACGUAUAAAGAACUUUGUCAAAUAUCGCUCACUCGAAAAAGGAAGCGAAUGGAAGUAGUCGAUUUAGUGUUCGAACCAUUGGAACUAGAAGAAGAAAAAACUUACCAGUUUAUAUUGACUCGUUCGCUGGGCGGCUAUAUUUUCCAAACGGAUUAUUUUCCUUUUAUAAACGAACCUUUUCGAUUAGCUGUAAAUCGAGACAGAAACUUGCCGCCAGCCUUCUCUCAUGUAUUGUUCAAAUAUACAGAUGAAGAGCAGUAG